UGCUGUGUGUGUUUGCAGUUGUGUUCAAAGACAUCUUUGCCUCUACUGAAGUCUGCACCAAUGCACUCCUACCUGGAGCUAAAGGAGACCAAGGUGAGACUGGAGAGGAGGGAGAUCAGGGAAAAGUGGGAAAAAAUGGACCACCAGGACUUCCAGGAGUGUCAGGAGAGAUGGGGCUUAAAGGAGAUGUGGGCCACCCAGGAAAAAUGGGUCCUAUUGGAGACAAAGGUAACAAAGGUGAUACAGGUUUAGAGGGGCCGUCUGGUUUAAAGGGGAAACCUGGCACAACAUGUGACUGUGGCAGGUACAGGAAGGUGGUUGGACAGCUGGAUGUCAGUGUAGGCAAGCUGAGGAAGGCUGUCAAGUUUGUGAAGAAUGUCCUCUUGGGGCUGAAGGAAACAGAAGAGUGUUACUACCUGCUGGUGAAAGAGCCCAAGAAGUUCAGAGAGGCUUUAAUAAACUGCAAGCUGAGAGGAGGCACCCUGGCCAUGCCGAAAACCAGCAACACCAACCGUCUCAUGGCAGACUAUGUCAGUCAAGCAGGAUUGACGAGAGUUUAUGUAGGACUGCAGGCUCAAAUCAAGGACACAGUUGGAACAAGUGAUUAUGUUUAUGCAGACUCCAGUCCUCUGCAGGGUUUUGCAGCUUGGAGCCAAGAGGAGGAGCUCAAUUCCAGAGUAUCCCCCAACACAAACUCAAGCUGUGUGGAACUGCUUGGCACUGGGACUUGGAGUCAUGUGGAGUGUGAAGCCACUUUGUAUUUUAUCUGCGAAUUCCCAAAAAGCAGGAGAAGAGGAGGAGCAGGAGGAGGGGGAAAUUAGAAAUCUAGAUUUGGCGUGGCUUACACAAAUAGAUCUUUCUGCACCUACAGAAUGCUGGAGUAAAAACGUAAAAAUACAA